CUUUAACUUUCCCAAUUUCCAUAUAUUCACUAGCGUACAACGAACAUGCUUGCAAUCAAACUUAAAAAAUAAAAUUAGAGUAUUGUUACUUACAUUAAUUUCCCAAGAGAAAAAUAGUAAAAUGAAGAAAAGAGCCCCUGGAUGAAGUGAAAAUUGCAAGCUGCCACAAAAUAAGGACAUAGCAAUCGAUAUCUUUGAAUAUGAACAGCCCAGAAGCCAGCCCAUACCGUCCAUAACUCCACUCCAUUUGCUUCUUCUGUUCCACAGAUGUAGAUAUCAGGUUUUCCUCUUUUUAACAUCCAACUUUUUGUCUUUUGGAUAUAUAAAAUUGUUUCCUCUGAAAAGAUAAAGUAAAGGAAACCCUAUUUCAGAAUCUUUUCUCAGAAACCAAAAUCAAUGGCUUCCUCGUUAAAUUGCUCCUCGUACAAGAAAUACGAAAUCAGAAAGCGAGACCCAAACCCCAAAACCUCUGCUUUAUUAGUAAUCGACAUGCAAAACAAAUUUUCGUCUUUCGCCAAGCCUAUUCUCAGCAACACGAUCACUACCAUCGACCUCUGCCGACGAGCUUCAAUCCCUGUCUUCUUUACUCGCCAUUGCCACAAGUCCCUCGCCGACAGCGGCAUGCUGGGGGAGUGGUGGGACAACGACAUCAUUUUUGACGGCACCGUUGAUUCCGAGUUAAUCCCCGAGAUCGAACGGCUGGCGGAAGCCGACGAGGUGGUGGAAAAAACGACGUACAGUGCGUUUGAGAAGACGCGCCUGAAGGAGAUGUUGGUGGAGAAAGGGGUGGAGGAGGUUAUAAUUACGGGGGUUAUGACGAACCUGUGCUGCGAAACGACGGCGCGUGAUGCGUUUGGGAAAGGGUUUAGGGUGUUUUUUUCAACGGAUGCUACGGCAACGUUGGAUUUGGAGUUGCAGGAGGCUACUUUGAAGAACAUGGCUUUCGGGUUUGCUUACCUCGUCGACUGCAAGAGGCUUCAGCAGGGGUUUUUCCCUGACUAGAUAAAGUAAUUUUGUUUAAGAAAUUGCAUGUUACUAGUAGUAAUCGGUGUCAAUAUUGCUUGUCUUUUUUUUUUUUUUUUUCUUUUGUUUUUUUAUCUAUCAUCAUCUGUAAAUAUAUGUGUUGAGGUUUUGAAUGAUAAUUAUUUGGCUUGGUUUAUUUUCUCAUUUUUCAUUUUUU